AUGCAUUUCAGUCAGCACUCAGCCAGCGACAACUACAUCACAGCUCGAUUUCCCAACCCCAAGCUGGGAAAUCUGUCACCAAGCAAUGUUUCUAUCUCAACUUACAGGACGCCAGAGUCUAUCAAUGAGGCUCUGGCUCGCUCAGAUAGCCUGUCAAUGAACCAACAACACUCGUCCAAGCACUCGUCCAAGCACUCCACACCUGCCCGCCAGGGCCUUGAGCGUUCGGAGUCAUCGAGCUAUUGGAUGGAAAUUCGGAAGAGUCCUACUCCCCAGCAAAAGCCCCGAAGUAGGAAAAUAACAGAUGCCACGAUUCGGACGGAGGCAACUGAGACGGAGCCCGCUUUCGAGAGCGACGCAUUUGCUAUUCAUAUGCCUACAACGAGGGAGCCCAUUCUCGACGCCCCAAUCUUCAGAGCCAAGCUGCCCUCGCCUUCCAAGGCCCAGCUCGAUGCCUACCAAACAUACAAGGUCAAGGGCCAAGAGAUGAGAGACAGGCAACAGUAUGAGGGUGUGAGAGUACCAUCUAAGAUAGCCUCAUAUGACUAUGCGUAUAGGAGUACAGAUGCUCAGCCGUCUGAAUUGGAAGUCAGCCCUCCUAAUAGCCCGCCUAUAGCACUGCCAGCGGGAGCCUUCCCAAUCACGCCCCCAACACCUCAUCAAGAAUGGAAGAAGAAUUGGGAGAAGACUUGGAGAAAAGCUCAAGACACCCGCGCUGUGAGCGACUCUAGCCAUAUAUCCAUCCCGCGGAAGCCGGUCGGAGUUGGUAGCAUUCGCUCCAAUCAUACUCGCCCUCAAUAUCAUCGAGCGGACGCAUCUACGGGUGCGAUAGCCACGACCUCUCAGAAGAAGCCCGCCACACCACCUCCAUCUGCAACUAAACCUACCAUUCGGAUACGCAUCAAGCCCAAGAUCAAGGUCCCUUCGCCUUCAACCACUCCUAGUCCAUCGCAUGAGCCUGCCGCUACCGCAAAGGAACCGUUGUGGAGUGCUCACUCCCGUUUGCCGCACGCUUCGAACCCGUCAUCUGCAAAUGGUUCAAAAGAUCCAAGUCCGACAAAAUCCAAUUUCACAUAUGCAGGUUCUGCAGGAACAUCAGUCUUCGGUUACACGAGCCACGAUAUCACCGGCACUGUGGCAGGAGCGUCAAGAUCAACACAGAAGAAGUCGGAUAAGGAGCGAGAGAAGGAAAAGGAAAGAGAAAAGCAAAAAGACAAAGACAAGGCAAAAGAGAAACCCAUAAGUCGAUGGGCAUGGCUCCGCCCUGCGGGUCCACGAGUCAACAAGCCAACAGCUGUCUCCACUGCAUCCGCCACCCCGGCGACGACCGCAAAGGCAGCCGCCUACGUCGAUCCAUUCGUUCUCCAUGCAACACCCGCGCCCACCCUCCCCAACACACCAACAACCUCUCGCCCAUCCUCUCCAAAGAAACUUGUCCGAGGCCACACGCCCACACCCAGUACUGAGCGCGCCGCCGUCGCCAAAGGCAAAUUCGAAUCCGGGUUUGCGCAAAUCCAAAGUCUUACAUCUCUCAUCUUAAAAAUCUGCCUGCUCAUCUACGUUCUCGUGGGGUUGUACUUCCUCCUCGAUGCCGUAAGGGAAGCUGUCCAUGCGCUCGGUGCGCCCUUCAGAGCCGUGAAGCUACUCGGUUGGUAUUUGUGGAUUGGAGGGGCAUGGGCUGCUGAGUUGAUGCUGCAAGGGUGGCAGAGGUGGGGUGUCAAUAUCAAAUUAGGAUUGAAGGGAGGAUGGCGCGGACGCUGGUGGUAGAUUGACAUCCAUUGCCUAUGAUUUGGUGCUAUGCGAGUAGUAAGGAAUCGUUUGCGCAGUUUACAUAUCUUGAAGAUUUAGC